GUGAGCGGUUGCUUGGGCCAGAAGGUUCUCUGGUGGAGGCGCUCUUCCUGGUGUCCCGCCCAGUAGGUUCGUUCGCACCGCUUCUUCCACACCCUUUCUCCCUCCUUCUCCUCGCCCCGCCUUCCCUCCCUCCUCAAUCCCUCUAGUUCCUUCCCCGCCUCGCCACUGUCCGCGAUCUCGCGAGACUUGGCCCAGAACAUUGCGGAUCGGGUCGGCGCCAUUUUGGGACUGAGACUGGUUGUGGGGGAGGGAAAAGCGGCAAAAGGGGAUUAUUCAAAGUACCGAAAACCUUCUCCCGGGAUCAGGCGCGGCGGCACCCCCAGGCCAGGGGCACCUCUGGUGGGGCAGAAGGUGAUUGAAUUACUCAGAUAUGAAGAUCAUCAUCUAGGUUUUGUGUAAAAGGCCCCGGAUAUUUUAAGUGGCCAUUUUGGAUUUACAGUGUUUUUGGAUAAUUUUGCCCCAGAAGUUUAUUAAAAUUGGCAAGAAUCGUCUGUGAAGUGAAUUGAUAGUAGUGAACAAUUCAGCAAGCUACUUAAAAAGAGACCCAGGCAGCAUUUCUUCAGUAUUUUGGUUCAAACGGAUUAUAUAACUGGUUACAGUAUUUCAGCUGGUGGUAAUUUUUGCCUCCCCUUCCCCCACCCCGUUGUUGGGGUUCUUCAGCCGAAACUGAGAGACGUUGAUUUGUGUACUGAGUAGUUUCAGCAGUUUCAAAUGACUGAGUAUUGCUGAAGUUUCAUGGCAGUUUAUUUUUACCUUUAUUGAAAGUUUUAGGAAUUUUUGACUUCAGCUCUUUCAUGUCACAAUGGGACACUUUUUCUGAAUGAAGACAUUGAAAGAAUACAGAGUUUUUUUCCUUUUAUCUUUUAUUUACGUGGAAAUUUAAGAUGUUGCAGUUUUCCGGCAGCAUGGUAGUAUUGAGAUAGCUAUGUGUGUCUCUGUAUAUAUGCUGAUGUUUAGGAAUGCUCUUCAGAUGUGAAAUUUUCUUUUUGUUUUUGCUUUUUGGCUCGUAAAUUGGAUAUUUCAUCUGGAGUGGACAAGUACAACAGUGGCAAGUACAUGGAAUAAUAAAGAAGACUUUGAUCUUAAAUCUAAAGAACUUGGCUAAUUCGGGAGAUAGCCAUAUGAAAACUUUAAAACAGAAGUAUGGGUAGCUGACUUGAAGUAACUCUAUGUCAAAUAGUCGUAGGUUAAGUAUCUUCAAAGAACUUCGAUAUUAUUUCAGAGGAUACAAAAUAAAAAUACAAACUGGAAAAUAAAGAUUACAGAGAAAAAACCAACACCUUCCUGUGCAGUCCUGUUGGAAUUUGGUCUCACUCUAUCACCCAGGCUGGAGGGCAGUGGUGCCAUCACAGUUCGCUGCAGCCUCGACCUCCCAGACACAGGUUAUCCUUUCUUUCACAUCAGCCUUCUAAGUAGCUGGGACCACAGGGACUUGCCAUGAGGUGUUGAAGCCUUGUUUCACUGAGUUGGAGAGACUGGACCUAAAUGGCGCAGCAUGACUUUGCUCCAGCCUGGCUUAAUUUCCCUACUCCACCAUCAUCAACAAAGUCGUCAUUGAAUUUUGAGAAGCAUUCUGAAAACUUUGCAUGGACAGAGAAUCGUUAUGAUGUGAACCGUCGACGACACAACUCUUCAGAUGGCUUUGAUUCUGCUAUUGGACGUCCUAAUGGAGGUAACUUUGGAAGGAAAGAAAAAAAUGGAUGGCGUACACAUGGAAGAAAUGGUACAGAAAACAUAAAUCAUCGAGGUGGAUACCAUGGUGGAAGUUCCCGUUCUCGUAGCAGUAUUUUCCAUGCAGGAAAAAGCCAAGGACUACAUGAAAACAACAUACCUGACAAUGAAACUGGGAGGAAAGAAGACAAGAGAGAACGCAAACAGUUUGAAGCUGAGGAUUUUCCGUCUUUAAAUCCUGAAUAUGAGAGAGAACCAAAUCACAAUAAGUCUUUAGCUGCAGGUGUGUGGGGCCUACACGCCCAGACACACACAUACCCAACCAAAAAAAUCUCCCAAGCUCCUCUCUUAGAAUAUCCUCCGAAUCCUAAAUCUAGAGCUCCAAGGAUGCUGGUCAUUAAGAAAGGUAAUACAAAAGACUUACAGCUAUCUGGAUUCCCAGUAGUAGGAAAUCUUCCGUCACAGCCAGUUAAGAAUGGAACUGGUCCAAGUGUUUAUAAAGGUUUAGUCCCUAAACCUGCUGCUCCACCUACAAAACCUACACAAUGGAAAAGCCAAACAAAAGAAAAUAAAGUUGGAACUUCUUUCCCUCAUGAGUCCACAUUUGGCGUUGGCAACUUUAAUGCUUUUAAAUCAACUGCCAGGAACUUUAGUCCAUCUACAAAUUCAGUGAAAGAGUGUAAUCGCUCAAAUUCCUCUUCUCCUGUUGACAAACUUAAUCAGCAGCCUCGUCUAACCAAACUGACACGAAUGCGCACUGAUAAGAAGAGUGAAUUUUUGAAAGCAUUGAAAAGAGACAGAGUAGAAGAGGAACAUGAAGAUGAAAGCCGUGCUGGCUCAGAGAAGGAUGACGACUCAUUUAAUUUACAUAACAGCAAUAGUACUCACCAAGAAAGGGAUAUAAACCGAAACUUCGAUGAAAAUGAAAUUCCUCAAGAGAAUGGCAAUGCCUCAGUGAUUUCCCAGCAGAUCAUUCGGUCUUCAACCUUCCCACAAACUGAUGUUCUUUCAAGUUCACUUGAGGCAGAACACAGAUUGUUAAAGGAAAUGGGCUGGCAGGAAGACAGUGAAAAUGAUGAAACAUGUGCUCCCUUAACUGAGGAUGAAAUGAGAGAAUUCCAAGUUAUUAGUGAACAGUUACAGAAGAAUGGUCUGAGAAAAAAUGGUAUUUUGAAAAAUGGCUUGAUCUGUGACUUCAAGUUUGGACCGUGGAAGAACAGCACUUUCAAACCCACAACUGAGAAUGAUGACACAGAGACAAGUAGCAGUGAUACAUCAGAUGACGACGAUGUGUGAAGGAUUUCCUAACAGCUUUAGAAAUCUUAGUGUGAUACAUCUCUCUCAUACAGUUUGGGGUGAAUUGUAAAAAUGAAGAACUAUAAUUUAUGUAGUGAAAUACCCCAUUAGAAGAGGAUUUUUUGGGGGACUUCAAUAUGAAGAAAACCAAGAAUGUUUUGUUGGGCUGUGUUGAACAUUAUUUCUUUGUAAAUGAAUGUUGUAGGAAUGAGGACUUGGGUUGGUCCAACAUUGACUUUCUUCAUCACUGCAACAUUUCUCUGACUAGCAAUGUGACGAUGUAACAAAUGAGAUUUUCUCAUUUAAUAAUAAAAAAUUGUGUAAUGUUUUGCAAA